AGAGUAUUACUUUUUUUUUUGUAUUAUGGCCUCUUUAUCUUUGUCUCAAAUACUUCAACAAAGAAAGACCAAUUUAGAUUUUGAACAAGAACAUUUUGAAAAAUUCCAGCUUUGGAGAUAGUUUAUAUCAUUAAAAUAACCAUUUGUGUAUCAUUAUAAAUUAUCAAGGCAAAAAAUAAGCAAGAGAAUAUCAAAACUAUUAUGUGUUGUAAUAUCUUGAUUAUUAUCAAAUCUGCUAAAAUUAUUUUUGUUGAUAUUUUAAGCCACUAACAUGUCUAUUUUACCAUUUAAUGAGAAGCAAAUUCAUCAAUUGAGUACUAGCAUCGCAAAAGCCGUAAAUCCUUCUGAAACAAAAGUUAAAGAAAAACAUGUGCGCAUUGCCAUUAUUGGAACUUACCAAGAAAAAGGUGGUACUAUUUUCUGGACUUAUAUUUUACGACAACAGUUACAAGAGAAUCGAAUUGUAGCAUGGAAGUUUUGUCAUGUUUUACAUAAACUAUUGCGUGAAGGUCAUCCUGGUGUUAUUUCUGAUUCACAACAUCAUCGAGGAAAAUUAGAAGAUAUUGGAAAAUUAUGGCAACAUUUAAGGGAAGAAUAUGGUCGUUUAAUACAUUUUUAUAUACAAUUAUUAAUAACUAAAUUAGAUUUUCAUAAGCGUAAUCCUCGUAUGCCAGGAAAUCUUCAAGUUACAUCAGAAGAGCUUGAAACAAUCGGAGAAAAUGAUAUAAAUGUUUAUUUUCAAAUGACUGUUGAGAUGUUUGAUUAUAUGGAUGACAUUCUUAAUUUACAGCUAGCUGUAUUUGGAUCUCUUGAUUUAUCAAGAUCUAAUUCAAUGACUCCAUGUGGACAGUGUCGUCUUGCUCCAUUAAUUCCAUGUGUUCUAGAUGCAUCUCAGUUAUAUGAUUAUUGCGUGAAAAUGUUGUUUAAAUUAUAUAAUACUUUAGCUGGUCAUAGAGAACGAUUUCUUAAGCAAUUCCGUGAUUUAAAAUGCUUUUAUAAUACAGUUAUGCAUAUGCAUUAUUUCAAACAUUUAAUAACUAUACCAAUAUUACCAGAGAAUCCUCCAAACUUUUUGAUACAAUCUGAAUUAGGAACAUAUAUAACGCCAGUAGUGGUAUUGCCACCUGAAGAACCUAUUGAUACUGAAGGAACCUUAAUUGAUGCUUCAGAUACUUCAGAUAUUAAUUCAUUAUCAGAUCAACCAGGCUUUGAGCACAAUGGUUCAAUCUCACCUGAUGCUUUAGCAGAAAGAGACAGUUUAAUCGAUCAUUUUCAUCAUGAAAAUUCAAGGCAACGACAAGAGAUGCAACGCUUACUUACUGAUCAUCAUCAUAUUGUUGGGGAGUUAAGAAAUCGUAUUUUGGAACUUGAAUCAAUACUUUCAUCCAAGAGAAAUGAAAUCCUUCAAGAGAAGCAAUCUAUUCAAGAUUUAUUAAAACAAAAAGAAGAAAUAUUAUUACAAUACAAUACGACUGAAAGAAGAAGUAAAAUAUGGGAAGAAAAAUUUCAAAAACUUAAAGAUGUAUAUUCUAAAUUGAGAGAAGAACACAUUAAUUUAAUUAGAAAAAAAGCAGAAGUCGAUAAACAAUUAGGAAAUACGAAAUUACAAUUGGAUCAGUUUGAAAGACGAACUCUUGAAGCUGAACAAUGUCUUCAAGAACAAGUGCAAGGUCAGGCAACAAUUAAACAAGAAACUCAACGUAUUAUGCAAGCACGAGCUGAGUUAGAAAAUGUUAGAAAAGAGUUUGAUGCUGCAAAAACUGAAAAUUUGAGUCUCCUCGCUAAGAUUGAUUUUAUUACAUCCGAAAAAGCUGCUGUAGAUGGAGAGUUACACGACUUAAUAUCUCAAAAAGAUGAGUUAGAAAUGAAGUUUACAAAUUUGCAGAUCGAAACUGAACACUCUCUUACACACGUAAAAGACGAUUUCGAUGCGAUCUUAUACGAUUUACUUAUAUUAUGUUUAUCGGAGGCUGAAUGUAUUUUACAACAUGCAAUACAUAUGGUUGAUAAUCCAGCAGUUUCUGCAGUUACGUGUACUCCAGCUUAUCUUAUCAAUAUUAUACAGCCUAUGGAUAAGACACUAAAUAAGUUGAACACAGUAUAUAAUAAUUAUAUAGUUGAUUCUUCUCAAAGUGGGCAAUUAAUAUGCAUAGCUCAAUACACUGCAUAUACGCUUGCAACAUAUUUGGUACAUACAAAGUUCGCUUUAAAUACAUCAAAAGAUAUUUCAUUUGGAGAUAGAUUAACAGAUGAAUGUAAACAAUUGGGAUCUCAAAGUAUAACUAUGAUGAAUUACAUCAAAGAAAAAUCUGCAUCUACCUCAGAUCAAAUUCAAGUUGUAAGAGGGCAAUUAGAGAAAAUUUCAAGUCUUGUAGAUUCUUUGCCUAAAACACUAGGAAAUACCGAAGUGAUUGGCGAUUUAGUAGAAAACGAAUUAAUGGAUAUGGAUAAUGCUAUUGAAGAUACUGCUUCAAGAAUUCAAGAAAUGUUAGAUAAAUCACGUGCUGCCGAUUCUGGUGUGAAAUUAGAAGUUAACAGUAAAAUCCUAGAUUCCUGCACUGAACUAAUGCUAGCCAUUAGACGUUUAGUAAAAAAAUCUCGAUUAUUACAAAUGGAAAUUGUAGCACAAGGCAAAGGAUCGGCUUCUACUACUGAAUUUUAUAAACGUAAUUAUGAAUGGUCUGAAGGCUUAAUUUCAGCAGCUAAAGCCAUUGCAAUGGGAGCAAAUUUUUUACUAGAAGCUGCAGACAAAGUCGUUGCUGGAAAUGGAAAAUUGGAACAAUUAAUAGUAGCAUCUCAAGGUAUAGCAGCUUCUACAGCACAAUUGGUCAUUGCUAGUAGAGUUAAAGCUGAAAGAAGUAGCAUCAAUCUAUCUGCUUUAUCAGAAGCCUCUCGUUUGGUAACUCAAGCUACUGGAGGUGUAGUUGCAACAGUGAAAAGUUGUAAUCAACUCGUUGAGGAUAAUGAAGAUUUAGAUAUUUCGGGACUAACUUUACAUCAAGCAAAAAGAUUAGAGAUGGACGCUCAGAUACACGUUUUGGAAUUGGAGCAGGCAUUAGAGACUGAACGAUUAAAAUUAGCUGCUUUGCGUCGCUAUCAUUAUCGAAUGGCUGGUGAAAACGAGAGUUAAAAGAUUUUGUAUUUUGAAAAUUGUUUUUGACCUUGAGAAAACUAAAUGCAAAUAAAAAUAGAAAUAA